ACUUGGGCUGAGCACGUGCGAAGAACACGUGAGAGUCUCUGCCAAUUUCAAUCGUCGGAACUCCAUCCAUUGCAUUAUAAACCAUGUACCUUUCGCAGUAAUUAUUGUACCUCGAUGGAUCUCCUCCGGUGCUCCGCCGUCCGGUUUCCUAGAACUCAUCUCCGACGUCCAUCCCGUACGGAAAUUCGCCCAUGCUUCGCCGCCAUGAGGUCGAGUUUGAGUUUUCCGUUCCCGGAGCAUAAAUCCAAGUAUUAUAGAGAAUUGGAAGCUGCUGUUGAUGUUGUCGAGCGAGCUUGCCGUCUCUGCGUUCAUGUGAAGAGUUUGCUGUUCUCCGAUGAUGAUAGGAUUCUUGAGAAAAAUGACCAAACCCCAGUCACUAUUGCAGACUUCGGGGUGCAGGCUUUGGUCAGCUUGGAGAUGAACAGACUCUUCCCGUCCAUUCCUUUGGUGGCUGAAGAGGACUCAUCAUUCUUGCGGUCAACUAAUCUAGUAGGAGCAGUAGUUGAUGUGGUCGCGAAUAAAGCAACUUUUAGAGACGAAGUAACAGAAGAUAGUGUCUUGAAAGCAAUUGACAGAGGGGGCAAGGAUGCUUAUAAUUUUGGGCCUAACCCAGCCACGUACUGGGUGCUGGAUCCCAUUGAUGGGACGCGAGGGUUUGUUAAAGGUGUUGAAGCUCUCUAUGUGGUGGCUUUGGCUCUUGUGGUUGAAGGACAGAUUGUCUUGGGAGUUAUGGGGUGCCCUAACUGGGAUGAAGACUACUUUGUUAAUUGUGUCACCGGGGUCCAAGAAACUGGAAACAAUUUCUCCAGAUCAGGGAUGAUUAUGGUUUCUCACGUGGGUUGUGGAACGUGGAAACGAAGGUUAUCGGACAUGUUAACCAUUGAGUUGUCUCAAAGUUGGACAAGAUGCUUUGUCGAUGGAUGCCAAGUACUUAAGGAGGCACGUUUUUGUACUCCAGAAAGUCAAAAGUGGGAAUCUUUUCCUCUAUCAUCCUCAUUUAAUGCAAAAACAGACUCUGAAAAAAUAGGGAACGGAGACAUCCUUCUUGUUCCUGCAUGCUGUGGAAGUUUGUGCAAAUAUAUGAUGGUGGCUUCUGGUAGAGCAUCAGUUUUUCUUCUUCGUGCAACAACCAGAAAAGUUAUGAAGAAAAUCUCUGGCUAUGCCCCUGCUUGGGACCAUGCUGUUGGAAUCAUAUGUGUUCAUGAAGCUGGGGGAAAGGUGACUGACUGGGAAGGAAGUUCAAUUGAUUUUGCAGCAGAUCAAGUUGCACGGAGAACUAUAUUUCCGUCUGGUGGCUUUCUUGUGACGAAUCAUUGUUUACAUAAUGAGAUACUUGGACUCAUCUCUUCAAAUUCAUCAAUCAAUUGAUGGCUCAGGUGUUCUGGUGACAAAUACCUCAUAUUCUUUUUGUAAUCUGUAUUUUCUUCCACCAAGCCAUACAACAGUAUUUAUUUUUAAAACCCUGAUAUCCAGGCCAUUGAACAGUAUAUUGCCAUUGUUUCUUAGCAUAUAUACUUGUAUUCUUUGGGCCUCAAUUGGCUUACUCUUCCACUUAAACAUCCUUCAAGUAAGGGAUCUUCAUGGAGAAUGA